ACUGCAUUUCGGAACCUUGGCUACGAGAUGCCAGCAGCAGUCAUGAAAGUUUAGGCCUUUAGUCUUCAAGAAGAUACAGAAACUAAGAAAUGGCGAAACCGCAGAUAAAACAAGGCGUGAGAUCGGCGGACAGACUGAGGAGCGGGAUGAAGAUGCCUCCACUCGUUCAGCCUUCCCGAAUAAAGGCACCGGCGACGACCAAAACACGUAAGCCAGUGUUCCGGACGGAGCGAGACAAUGGAGUGGUCAGCACACCUGAGGAGGACGGACCCAGCGAACAGAACGUGCUGAUGAUAGAUGUCCAGUCUGGGGGAGGUGGGGAGAGGAGACAGGACAAGAUCUCUCCUGCAGAUAUACUGCAGAAGUCAGGUGAGAAGGACUAUGGGAAGGUGUAUGAAGUGGACCUCCAUGCUGAAGACAUCACCAAAAUACAUAACCUGGAGAAGUUCACCAGACUGCGUAUUCUAGAUCUGUCAUGCAAUGAACUGACGACAAUAGAGAACCUGGAACAAAACAAGGACCUACGGGAGCUGAAACUCUAUGGAAACAAGAUAACAGAAGUCAAGAAUUUAGACAGAUUACAAGAACUUGCCUGCUUGCAGCUGCAACAUAACAGAAUACGAAGACUAGGGAAAGGCCUGAGCUGCCUGAGGAAGCUGAAGAUCCUGAGGAUAGACAGUAAUGACAUCUCCCAGCUGGAGGGGAAGGAGCUGACAGCUAACUCACAACUCACACACCUGGAUGCCAGCUGUAACAAGCUGCAGGAGCUGGCGGCUGUCAACUGCCUUCCCCACCUGGAGGAACUGAAUGCCUCCAACAACAGACUUGCUGCUAUAAGAAACAUGAGGUGCAAAAAGUUACAGGAUCUGGACCUGUCCACAAACUUCCUGACUGACCUGUCUGGUUUGAGAGAUCUCCACAGUUUAACAACUUUAAACUUGGCAACCAAUAGGUUAUCCAGUCUCACAGCAAUAGGAAAACUCAGACAUCUGCAGGAGCUGAAUGUGUCCAACAACCUACUGAAGGAGCUGGGGAGCGUCUCGGAACAGUUUCCAGCUCUGGAGGUCUUCAAUGUCAGUGAAAACGCCAUAGUCUCAUGGGAUCAAGUGGUAAGGUGUCAUCCAAUUGAUGCAUCUACUGAGAUCAAUUUAUGUAACCCAGCAGAUUUAUUUUAA